GAUCUCAGACGUGCACAAAGAAGGCUGCACGCUAAAAUGGAACCCGCCACUAGACGACGGCGGCGCUCCCAUCGACCACUAUCUCGUGGAGAAACUGGACACCGAGACCGGUAGAUGGAUGCCGGCUCUGAAGACCAAGGACCCGAAGGCCGAGAUCGAGAACCUGGUGCCUGGACACGAGUACAAGUUCAGGGUGUCUGCUGUUAAUAACGAGGGACAGUCUGAGCCAUUGGAAGCUGAUCACUCGAUUAUCGCUAAGAAUCCGUUCGACGAGCCCGGCAAACCUGGAACACCUGAGAUCGUGGACUGGGACAAGGACCACGUGGACCUCAAGUGGGAGAAGCCGUUCAAGGACGGCGGUGCCCCCAUCACCGGCUACAUCAUCGAGAAGAGAGAGGUCGGCUCACCCAAGUGGGUGAAGGCAUGCGAGGUCGGUCCUAACGACAACGACAAAGCAACAGUACCGAACUUGGACGAGGGCGUGGAAUACGAAUUCCGCGUGAAGGCUGUCAACGAGGCUGGACCUAGUGAGCCCAGCGAUGCUAGCAAGAGCGUUGUAUGCAAGCCUAGGAGACUGCCUCCCAAGAUCGACCGUCGCAGCCUCCGUUCCAUCAGGGUGCGCGAGGGCGAGCCCAUCUCGCUCGACGUCAAGGUCAGCGGUGAACCUCCGCCGGAGGUCACAUGGACCCUUAACGGCAAGUCCGUUAGCAGUGGCAACGGACUUAAACUGGUUAACGUGCCGUACAUAAGCAAGUAUCAGCACUCGAGCCCGCGUCGCAAAGACUCCGGCAUGUACAAGAUACAGGCUGUCAACAAGUACGGACAGGACACCGCCGAAGUCGAGAUUAUUGUUACAUCGAAACCGGACAAACCGGAGGGACCUUUGGAGGUGUCCGACAUCCACAAGGACGGUUGCACGCUGAAGUGGAAGCGGCCCAAGGACGACGGCGGCGAGCCAAUCGAGGCGUACCUCGUCGAGAAGUACGACACCGAGACUGGCACGUGGCUGCCUGUUGGCAAGACUCUUGGAAAUGUGCCUGAAAUGGAAGUGGAUGGCUUGACUCCCGGACACGAGUAUAAGUUCCGCGUGAAGGCGUUGAACAAGGAAGGCGAAUCCGAACCUCUUGAGACGUUCGGCGCUAUCGUCGCCAAGGAUCCGUUCACCGUACCAGACGCGCCAUCAACGCCAGUGCCUGAUGACUGGUCCGCCACUCACGUGGAUUUAAAAUGGGAGCCGCCCAUCUCCGACGGUGGCUCGCCUAUCGUCGGCUACAUUAUCGAGAAGAAAGACAAGUACAGCCCGCUGUGGGAGAAGGCUGUGGAAACUCACACACCUACGCCUACCGCUACUGUUAACGGCCUGAUCGAAGGCAACGAGUACCAGUUCCGCGUGAUCGCUGUCAACAAGGCCGGCCAGAGUAAACCAUCUGAUGCGUCCAAGAACUUCGUGGCGAAGGCCCGCUUCCUGGCGCCGAAGAUCGACCGUCGUCACCUGCGUGACGUCACACUGUCUGCUGGAUCCACGCUGAAGCUGGAAGCUGCCAUCACUGGCGAGCCGGCUCCAGCUGUGGAAUGGAGAUACCAGAACAUGCCGCUCCGCCCAUCGAAGGCAGUGACCAUCGACAAUCCAGAGUACUUCACCAAGCUGGUGAUCCGUCCAGUGCGACGGGACGACUCCGGCGAGUACACCGUCACCGCGGUCAACUCUAGCGGCAAAGAUACCGUCACCAUCAACGUUGUGGUCACCGACAAGCCUACCAAGCCUGAGGGACCAUUGCAGAUUUCGGACGUACACAAAGAUGGCGCUACGCUCAAAUGGAAGAGACCGAAGGACGACGGUGGAACUCCCAUCGAGUACUACCAGAUCGACAAGUUGGACACUGAGACCGGAUGCUGGGUGCCCUGCGCCAGAUCCGAGGAGCCUAAAUGUGACGUGACCGGCCUGACGCCCGGCAAGGAGUACAAGUUCCGCGUGUCCGCCGUCAACUCGGAGGGAGAGUCCGAGCCGCUCGUCUCGGAGGAAGCCAUUGUCGCCAAGAAUCCAUUCGACGAGCCUGGUGCACCAGGCACGCCAACAGUCACAGACUGGGACAAGGACCACGUGGACCUCAAGUGGACCCCGCCACGCGAAGACGGCGGUGCUCCCAUCGAGGGAUACAUCGUGGAGAAGAAGGACAAGUUCGGCAACUGGGAGAAGGCGCUCGAAGUGCCCGCGGAUAAGACUAACUGCACCGUCCCCGAUCUUAUUGAGGGACAGACUUACGAGUUCAGGGUACGCGCUGUAAACAAGGCAGGACCAGGCGAGCCCAGCGACAGCACUCACCCGAUCGUCGCCAAGCCCAGGAACCUGGCGCCCAAGAUCGACCGCACCAACCUUAUCGACAUCAAGAUCAAGGUCGGACAGAAGUUCGGAUUCGAUGUCAAGGUUACUGGUGAACCAAUGCCGGAAACCAAAUGGUUCCUGGCCAAGAAGGAGGUCAAGUCUGGCGGUGACAUGAAGGUGCAACACUCUGACUACAACACCAAGUUGAACUGCAAGUCGGCCACCAGGGCUGACAGCGGUAGAUAUACCAUCACCGCUGAGAAUAUCAACGGCAAGGACGUCGCUGAGGUUGAGGUCAUCGUGCUUAGCGCGCCAUCGCCGCCUGGCGGACCUCUUAAGGUAUCGGACGUGCACGCAAACGGCGCCACACUAUCCUGGCGUCCACCCUCAGACGACGGUGGCCAGCCUGUCGAGAAGUACGUGGUGGAGCGCAUGGACGAGGCCACCGGCCGCUGGGUGACAGCUGGGGAGACAGACGGCCCUGUCACCAGCCUCGCUGUCGACGGGUUACAACCCGGACACAAGUACAAGUUCCGCGUCAGUGCUGUUAACAGACAAGGCCGUUCCGACCCGCUCACAACCCCCCACUCGACCGAAGCGAAGAAUCCGUUCGACGUGGCCGGCAAGCCGGGCACUCCGAAGAUCAAGGACUUCGACAGGGACUUUGUGGAGCUGGAAUGGACCAGGCCUCAGACCGAUGGCGGCGCUCCGAUCACCGGCUAUGUUAUUGAGAAGAAGGAUAGGUUCUCGCCUGAUUGGGAAGAAUGUGCACAGAUCGAAGGUGACGUCACAACCGGCAAAGUGCCAGACCUCAUCGAAGGCAACACAUAUGAGUUCCGUGUACGUGCGGUCAACAAGGCCGGCAAGGGUGAGCCCAGUGACGGAACUGCUCCUCACCUCGCCAGGCCCAAGAACCUGCCGCCCAAGAUCGACAGGAACUUCAUGUUCGACAUCAAGGUCAAGGUCGGACAGAACUUCGACCUCGACGUGCCUGUCGCUGGUGAGCCGACGCCAACCAAAGAAUGGCUGCACGGAGACAACGUCGUCCUCAAUACUGACAGGAUCAAGGUCAUCAACGAUGACCACAGCACCAAGAUCCGUGUUAUCGACGCCAAGCGGGCCGAUACUGGCACCUACACUCUUAAGGCUAAGAACAUUAAUGGAACUGACACGGCGACCGUCAAGAUCUUGGUCAUGGACGCACCUUCACCACCAGAAGGCCCGCUCAAGGCCGACGACAUCACAAAAUCUGGAUGCACACUACGCUGGAGGCCGCCCAAGGAUGACGGUGGUAGCGAAAUCACCCACUACGUCGUCGAGAAGAUGGACCAAGAGAACAUGCGCUGGAUCCCUGCUGGUGAUGUCAACUCAUGCAGCAUUAGGAUUGACCAUCUCAUCGAAGGACAUGACUACAACUUCCGCGUGCGUGCAGUUAACAAGCACGGCGAGUCGCAGCCACUUGUUGGCCAUGAGCCGAUCACUGCCAAAGAUCCCUACGGUACACCCGACAAACCAGGUACCCCGUCGUCAAGGACUGGGACAAGGACCACAUGGACCUCGAAUGGGUGCCGCCGAAGAAGGAUGGUGGAUCUCCCAUUACCGGAUACAUUAUCGAGGCAAAGAAGAAGUACGGACCUGUGUAAAUGGCAGCCACAGUGCCAGGAAACCAGACAACCGCUACUGUACCUGGGCUUACAGGAAGGCGAAGAGUACGAGUUCAGAGUUAUCGCUGUCAACAAGGCCGGUAACGGAGAGCCCAGUGACGCCUCUACUCCUCAAGUCGCCAAGGCCAGGUUCUGCGCGCCGCACUUCGACAAGAUGCUGCUCGCAGACAAAACUGUUAAGGCUGGACAGAGAAUCCAAUAUGAGAUUCCCAUCGAGGCAUCGCCUAAACCAACUGUCGAAUGGCAGAUCAACGGCAAAGUUGUUCAUCCGUCAGACAGGAUUGACAUUCAGAUCUUGCACAAUAGGGUCAUAUUAGACAUUCCAUUCUCUGUCCGCGCUGAUGGAGGAGUUUAUAAAUUGACUCUUAAGAACGACCUGGGAAUAUGCUCAGCUACAGCGCAAGUCACCGUCCUUGACAAACCUUCAAGGCCCGAGAAGCCUUUGGUGGUGUCGGAUGUUACAAAGGAAUCAUGCUCGCUGUCAUGGAAGGUACCACUCGACGACGGUGGUUCACCAAUUCUACACUAUGUUAUUGAGAAGAUGGAUCUAUCUCGUGGUACCUGGUCUGAUGCCGGUAUGAGCACUUACCUAUCCCACACAGUUACAAGACUUAUUCACAUGAAGGAGUACUUGUUCAGGGUCAGCGCUGUCAACGCUAUCGGACAGUCUGAGCCUCUGGAGUUAGACAGGGCUAUCAUCGCCAAGAACGAGUUCGAUGAACCUACCGCACCAGGCAAACCUCAAGCUACCGACUGAGCAAGAACCACGUUGACCUGGAAUGGACUCCGCCCAAAUCGGACGGUGGAUCGCCUAUCACUGGUUACAUUGUACAGAAGAAA